UAAAUGUAGAAAGAGAAUAUAAGAGUAGAAAGAAAAACCUAAAUUUAAAGGGAAGCUUGGCUAAAUUUCAGGAGCUCCAAAAAUGGAAUUGCAUCGUUGUUCAUCGUUUUCUUCUAUGAAUGACCAUUAUCUCUAUUCAGGUAACAAAACCCAUUUCCUCCAAAAAGUUGAAGUUUUUCGUUUUGUAUUACCUCGCGACAUCUUCUUCUUUCUCGGGUUCCCAAUUCCCUCAAUUUGGGAACCUGAAUAUCUCUUCCUCAACUUCAUGUUCAAUUCUUCAGAAUGGGUCUCAAGCUCUCAAGAGGGCCUGUAAAAGAAAAAUCAACUUUGGAAUUCACGAGGGUUCACAUUCUAACUUACCUUAGCACAAGUUCUUACCUACGUAGCUUGGUGUCCAAGAAACGAAGACGGUUAAUCAUCGGUGGAUAUGAUCUCGACAUGUCUUACAUCUCUGACAAAUUAUUGGCAAUGUCUUUUCCAGCUGAACGAAUGAGAGCAGUUUAUAGAAACCCUCUUUGGCAAGUCAAAUCCGUGCUCGAUAUGCGACAUCCUGAUCAUUAUAAGGUCUAUAAUCUAUGUAUAGAGGAAUCUUAUGAUCCAGACAACUUCUAUGGCCGCGUGGAACGAUUUCCGUUUGAUGACAAUCAUGUUCCAUCUCUCAAAAUGAUCCAAAUUUUCUGCGAAAGUGUUCAUUCUUGGCUCUCAUUAGAUCCCAAGAACAUCGCGGUUGUUCAUUGCAUGGCAGGAAAAGGCAGAACAGGGCUAAUGGUAUCGGCGUACCUUGUUUACGGUGGAAUGUCAGCUGAAGAAGCUCUUGAGAUGUAUGCAAGCAGAAGAACAACAAACAAUAAUGGAGUCUCAAUACCAAGCCAACGUCGUUAUGUGAAAUACUGGUCAGAUUUACUUUCGUUUCGUAAAAAGGGACCUCCCGAGGUUAAAUUACCUCAAGAACAUAGCAGAGAGUUGCUGAGAAUUAGACUUUACGAUACAGCCAACGUUGAUUCUGUCUUCUUUGUGGUCUCGGAACUUCAGGAGGUUCCAAAUGAGAUGUAUCGACCAUCUGUAGAACUUGCAAGAGGUUGUUGUAGACAAUUCAAGAAAGGGUAUUGUAGAAGCUCGAGUCCACGGUAUUAUAUAUCUCAUGUGAACUGUGAUUCAGAAGAAGAUGAGGAAGUAACAGAUGGAGAAGAGCCACGUCUUGUUGUUCAAAUGGAUACAGAGAGUUCCAUUAUCGACGAGAAAACAUGUCUUGAUUUCUACUUUGACAAACCUGUGAGAGUGAGUGGAGACAUACGCAUCACAUUCUACCAGAAAAUGAUUGGAAGCCGCCUUUUUUAUACUUGCUUCAACACAGCUUUUAUAACCAAUGGUUUGCUUCAGUUUUCCAUAGGAGAGCUAGAUAAAGUUGGUGGUAACGGAAGAUCGAUAUCUGGUCCUGAUUUUAGCUUGGAGUUACUCUUUGGCCCAGCUUGUUCAAAAUUCGGAAAGUUUCUUUCCCGCGAUGACCUUUCUCUCUCUUAAGGCCUCAUUUUCAGCUCACU